AUGUGGAGGCUGAAGAUCGGGGAGGGCGGCGGCAACCCACUGCUGCGCACCACCAACGGCCACGUCGGCCGGCAGGUGUGGGAGUUUGAUCCUGCCGCAGACGACCCCGACGAGGUCGCCGCUGUGGACGCCGCUCGCCGUGACUUCACCAACCGGCGGUACCAGAUGAAGAACAGCUCCGACCUCCUCAUGCGCAUGCAGUUCUCCAAGUCAAACGGUCUCAAGAUGAACCUUCCUCCCGUCAAGUUGGACCAGCAGCAUGGCUAUGCCACUGAAGACGAUAUCUUGGUAUCUUUGAAGAGGGCAAUCAGAAGCUAUUCCACUCUCCAGGCACAUGAUGGGCAUUGGCCGGGGGAUUACGCUGGCACUUUAUUUCUCUUGCCCAGCUUGAUUGUAGCAUUGCAUGUGACUGGAGCGCUGAGUACUGUGUUGACAUCUGAACAUCAGAAAGAGAUUCGGCGAUAUCUCUACAAUCAUCAGAAUGAAGAUGGGGGUUGGGGACUGCACAUCGAGGGAACGAGCACAAUGUUCUGUACUGUCAUGAUCUAUGUUGCAUUGAGAUUGCUUGGGGAGGGGUUGGAUUCAUGUGGAGCCAUGCUGCAAGCUCGGAGUUGGAUCUUGGAUCAUGGAGGAGCAACUUUAACACCAUCUUGGGGAAAAUUCUUUCUUUCGGUCCUUGGGGUAUAUGACUGGUCCGGGAAUAACCCAUUGCCACCAGAACUAUGGAUGAUGCCUUAUUUCUUGCCUAUUCAUCCAGGGCGCAUGUGGUGUAAUUGUCGGUUGGUAUAUUUGCCCAUGUCAUACCUAUACGGGAAGAGGUUUGUGGGCGCUACUACAUCAAUUGUACUAGACUUGAGGAAAGAGUUAUAUGAUGUCCCGUAUAAUGAGAUUGAUUGGGAUAAGGCUCGCAACGGGUGCGCCAAGGAAGAUCUCUAUUAUCCCCAUUCAUCGCUGCAGAAUGUCAUCUGGGACACUCUCAAGAAAAUUGGUGAGCCAGUUCUUAUGCACUGGCCUGGCAGCAAUUUGCGAAAGAAAGCUCUGGACAUUGUUAUGAAACAUAUAAAGUAUGAAGAUGAAACAACUCAAUACAUAUGCAUUGCUCCUUUAAAUAAGAUGUUGAAUAUGAUUUGUUGUUGGGUAGAAGAUCCAAACUCAGAGGCAUUCAAACACCACACUGAAAGGGUCUAUGAUUUCUUAUGGGUUGCUGAAGAUGGCAUGAAGAUGAAGUCUUAUAAUGGCAGCCAACUAUGGGAUACAACUUUGACAGUUCAGGCUAUAUUUGCUACCGGCCUCACGGAAGAAUUUUCCCAGACAAUUAAACUUGCGCAUGACUAUAUCAUACAUUCCCAGAUUCGCAUGGACUGUCCUGGAGAUCAAAGCAAGGGGUAUCGUCAUAUAUCCAAAGGUGGAUGGACACAUUCAACCGCUGACCAAGGGUGGCCUGUAUCAGACUGUACUGCAGAAGCAUUGAAGGUUUUGUUAUUGUUAAGUAAGAUUCAUCCCGAACUGGUUGGUGAGCCUAUAGAAACAAGUAGGCUUGAUGAUGCAAUCAACAUUCUGCUAUCUUUAAUGAACGAGGAUGGUAGUUUUGGUGCAUAUGAGCUAACAAGAUCAUACGAGUGGCUUGAGAUGCUCAAUCCUUCUGAGAGCUUUGGGGGCAUAAUGAUCGAGUAUCCGUAUGUUGAGUGUACAUCAUCAGUAAUUCAGGGCCUAGUGUUGUUCAGAGAAAUGUAUCCUGGACAUUACCGCAGGAAAGAGAUAGACAAUUGUAUCCGAAAUGCUUCGAACUACAUUGAGAGCAUCCAAUGGGAUGAUGGGUCAUGGUACGGGUGUUGGGCAAUUUGUUUCACCUAUGCUACAUGGUAUGGAGUUAGAGGAUUGGUUGCCGCAGGUAGGACGUAUGAGAAUAGCCAAUCAAUCAGAAAAGCAUGUGAGUUUCUUUUGUCCAAGGAGAUUCUCCCAUCUGGAGGAUGGGGAGAAAGUUACCUUUCUAGUCAAGACAAGGUUUACACAAAUCUUGAAGGAAAUAGGGCUCAUGCAGUUAACACCAGUUGGGCCAUGUUGGCCCUAAUUGAUGUCGGACAGGGUAAAAGAGAUCCUGCUUGUCUACAUAGAGCAGCCAAGGUUCUUAUCAACUUCCAAUUGGAGGAUGGAGAGUUCCCUCAACAAGACAUUAUAGGAGCUACCAAUCACAACCUUAUGCUCACUUACGCCCAGUUCAGGAACAUCUUCCCUAUUUGGGCUCUUGGAGAGUACUACCGCAGAGUGAUGCUAGCAACAUAAAGGGAACGACCGUUAUGUAUAUAUUUAGUGGUUGAUAAUUAAAUAUAUUUUCCUGAUCUCUAUCUCAACUAGAGAUGAGUACAACUAUAUUUUAGUGAAUGGUGAUUUUUGACUUCUAUCUAGUGUUCUUGGUUUUAGGACCACGAGCCUUCUUUUGAGAAGAUUUUAAGCAUUACCCUAAUUCUUGUGCUACUAGAUUCACUACC